AUGGCUUCUGCGGACUCAGCCUACUCGGCCGCCCCUUCCCCGUUCCCUCCCUGCGAGUGCCCAGCGGCCGCGACGCAGACUUCUUCCUCUUCGGCUGCUGCGGCUCUUUCCGCCGCGGCUGAGGAGGAGCUUGAGGCGCUCAAGGCGAUCUACGGAGAGGAAGCUGUUCGCUUCCAUUCCUGUUGUCGCCUCGUUCAAGUUCAGACGGAGACGACGCGGUCGCGUGUGCAGCAAGGCUCGAGCUCUCUGCUGGGGUUGCACUGCGGGCGCGAUUGCGACGAAGCAGCCGGUGACGAAGACGACGAGACCUCUUUCUGGUUUCUAGUUCAGCUCUUUCUCCCUGCCGGGUUCCUUGAACCCGACUUUGUCGCCCCUGUCUGCGUCGUCAACACGCCGUGGGAACAGGAUCGCGCGGCGUCGCUGCGCAUGCAAAACGAGUUGCUGGCGCUCCAGGGAGACGGCGAGCAGAAGGCCUCUGUGGGUCAUCCAGGUCUCUUUGACUUCGUCGAAUGCGUGCGCAGCUGCCUCCCCCUUCCCCCGUGCCCGAGCAGGAGCGAUGAACAGGACUGCGUGGAGCGCUUGGAGGGAGCCUUCGAGGCUGAGGUCAAACGCGACGACGCGUCACAGGGCGCCGCGAGCAAUGGUCGCGCAGCAACCGAGCCUCCGUCUCCGGAGGCGGACACGGCCUCCGCCGCACGCCGCGAGGCGGCGUCUCCCUCCGCCUUCGCGGGAGUCGGCACUGCGCUCUACACUGGACCAACCGUGACCGUCCACAAGAGCCGCUUCGUCGGCGUCUGCGCGACAGUGUACUCUCUGGAUGGAGUCCGCGCGUUGUAUCGACACGUGCGUGAGAUGCACUACGGCGCCACACACGUGAUCAUGGCCUUCUCCAUUCGGCAGCGGCGACCGCGCGUUGCCUCGAAAAGAAGAGAGCGCUGCCAGGCUCGACCGGCGCCGUCGGCGGAGGACGCCAGCCGUGACCAGGCAUGCAUCUCCUCAGCGAAGACCCGCGACGGCGAGCGAAGCCGCACAGAAGCCUGCAGCGGCGCCCGGGCGCCCCCCGAGUGGAACGACGCACCUAGCUGCACUCGGUUCAAGCGAAACAAAGGUAAGGAGCGCGAGAAGAAGCCGGCCGAGAAGGAGAAGGCGACAGAGGCCGAGGUAGACGAGGAGGAAUUCAUAGACAACUGCGAUCACGAUUCGGACGGAGAAACCGGCGCAGGACGUAAGCUCCAGCAACUCCUCUACAACCUGAAAGCGCGCAACGUCUUCCUCGUAGUCACCCGCUGGUACGGGGGCGUCCUCUUAGGCCCGGAUCGCUUCCGCAUUAUCGCAAGCGUCGGUCGCCAGGCGCUGGACGCCAGCGGCGUCCUCGAACCCGCUGUGCUUGACGGCGUCAAACGCGAAAGUCACAAGAAAAAGAUUUCCGGGUUCAGGGCAUAA